AUCAACCCCCCCCCCAAAAAAGCCCGUCUUCUCUUUGGACCGAGCCAUGUGGGACCUCGCUCUAGAGGUGGGGAUACGGGUCCUGCUCUUCGGCGUCUUCAUUUUUACAGAAUUUUUGGAUCCAUUCCAGAGAGUUAUUCAGCCAGAAGAGAUCUGGCUCUAUAAAAACCCUUUGGUUGAAUCUGACAACAUACCUACACGCCUCAUGUUUGCCAUUUCAUUCCUGACACCUCUGGCUGUCAUUUUUGUGGUGAAAAUCAUUCGACGGACAGACAAGACUGAAAUUAAGGAAGCUUUUUUAGCUGUUUCCUUGGCUCUUGCUUUGAAUGGAGUGCACAACACUAUUAAAUUAAUUGUGGGGAGACCUCGUCCCGAUUUCUUUUACCGCUGCUUUCCAGAUGGAGACAUGAAGUCUAACAUGGACUGCACAGGUGAUCCAGAUGUGGCCGAAGGCAGGAAAAGCUUUCCAAGUAUCCAUUCUUCCUUUGCAUUUUCAGGCCUUGGCUUCACCACCUUCUACUUGGCUGGGAAGUUGCAUUGCUUUACCGAGAAAGGCCGUGGGAAAAGCUGGCGGCUCUGUGCAGCAAUUCUACCUCUGUAUUGCGCCAUGAUGAUCGCUCUGUCACGCAUGUGCGAUUACAAGCAUCAUUGGCAAGAUGCCUUUGUCGGAGGGGUCAUCGGCCUCAUGUUUGCUUACAUUUGCUACAGACAACACUACCCUCCGUUGGGUAACCUGUCUUGUCACAAGCCUUACGUCAGUCUGCUUGCUCAGACCGUGCUGAAGAAAGAAGAGGCACCCACUGUGGAUAAUGCAACCAGCCUGCCUCUGGAAGGGAUAACAGAAGGUCCGGUAUGACUAAUACACAUGCAGGAUGAACUUCUAGCCCUUUCAUACAUUCCGCCAAUCCAAACUGGUCUCUCUGCAUAACAAAUGUCUCUUAAACAGCUGUGAUUCUGCCAUACCCCCCUUACUUUUCCAUAUCCUUUUCUUUCCCCUCAUACACCUCUGUCCUGUGUUUCCCACACCCUCUGUUCCAUGCAAAAGCAAUGAUUGUUUAAGGGGACAAAUACAGAACUAAGAUCCGUGAGACGCUGCUCAUGAUUACUAAUCUCUAUGUACAUGGCACUUCCAGUGUGCAGAGUGCUAGCUUAUUCAUACUUACCAACAGCCAUCUGAGGCAGGUCAUUAUUAUUCCCAUUUUAUAGAUGGGUGGCAGAGGCUGGAAGAGAAUGUGUUGCUCAAGGCCACCCAGUGAACCUGUGGCUGAGCUAGAACACGGAUCAGGACCAACUCUUACUCGGAUGGACCAUAUCGACUGCAAAGGGAUUAAAUAUCUUCU